GGGGAACACUAACGAUGUAACACGCGCCGGUGAGGUUGUACUGAGCUGUUUGUUUUCAGGAGCGACGGGUUUUCUAGAUAAAAUCAUGUUCAAUGGAGCUCCAGGAAAAAGCAGCCGUGCCGAUAUUUACAGAAGUAGACAGGGACGUGUUUCUACGAGAAAUUUAUCCAGAGCGCAGACCGGCCGUCCUGAGAGGUGUGAGUCUGGGCCCGUGUCUGGAGAAGUGGACGGUUGAAUAUCUUGCACGUAAAGGAGGCGACAAGGAGGUGAAGAUUCACGUGUCCACGGUGCCACAGAUGGAUUUCCUCCACAAAAACUUUCUCUACAAAACUCUGCCGUUUAGUGAGUUUGUGAAAAGAGCAUCCGAGACAAAACACGCCGACUUCUUCCUCUGUGAGGAUGAGAGCUACUAUCUUCGAUCGCUGGGAGAGGACGUACGAAAGGAACCUGCUGAUCUGAGCAAACAGUUCCCAGACUUGGCGUCGGAUUUCCACGUCCCGCGCUUCUUUGAGCCCGAUCAGUUCUUCUCCACCGUCUUCCGCAUCAGCUCCUGUGGCCUGCAGCUCUGGACGCACUAUGAUGUGAUGGACAACCUGCUGGCUCAGGUGACUGGGACAAAGAGAGUGGUUCUCUACAGCCCCCAGGAUGCACUACACCUCUACCUGUCUGGUGAUAAGUCAGAGGUCCUGGACAUCGAUGCACCAGAUUUGCAACGGUUCCCUGAUUUUGUGAAGGCGAAGAGAUACGAGUGUGUGCUGGAGCCUGGAGAUCUGCUGUUCAUCCCUGCUCUGUGGUUCCAUAAGACCCUUGCGCUGCAGUUUGGAGUGGGGGUCAAUGUGUUCUGGCGCCACCUACCUCCACACAGCUACGACAAAAAGGACCCGUACGGGAACAAAGACCCGGUGGCUGCAGCUCGGGCCCUUCAGGCUCUGGAGAGGGCGCUACACGCUCUGGAUGAACUUCCAGAAGAUUAUCGGGACUUCUACGGCCGACGUAUGAUUCAGCGCAUCCAAACACGGACACACUUAGACAGUUUAUCAGGAACAAAGACACAGGACGACUCUGACAGUCCAACCACCAAACCUGGAUGAGACACCAUUUGUCUUUUGGAUUUUGAACAGAGAACAAAGUAAUAGUUUUGACCUGCAUGUGGCACAAAGAUGGAAAUCACACCAAACGUUAUUUAUGCUGAGACGAAUGAAUCACAGUUUAUAGUAAAACAUUUCUUAUUUUUCUUUGUGUUUUAACAGUUUUUGUCUCAUUUUAAUACAAAAUAAAGUCUGCAGCCUUUGAACCUGUCUGUUCAGAGGACAGUUUACUCAUCUCUUACUGCAAACAACAGCUUUCUGACCCACUCUGUAUUGAAUUCAACUUCAGUGAAGCCAAAAAAAAGUAGAGCGCCCCCUGGUGUCCGGCUGCAGUAUAGGUCAUAAGCUCCACCUCCUCGAAUGGGCCAAACUCCUGACACCUGAGCUGAUGUUCGCUUUGCAAUUUUAAUUUCCUUUAUUUGGGAUAAGUAGGUCAGGUCAUUGUUGUGCAAAAGCAGAACUGCAAAUAAUGAAAUCCCAACGUCCUCAAUUGAGUACCUGCUAAUUAGUGAAGUUAUAGCUUAUUGCUAUUGAUAGAAUUUGUGUCAUGUUGAACAAGGAAAGUUAAACAUAUAUAAACAAGUUUCAACUGUAAAAUUAGAUGAGGUUUCAUCCUUUGUCCCCUUUUGUUACGUGAUCGCUCAUGUUUUUACACCAACUAGUAUCGAGUUAUGAGGAUAAAAGUUUAAAUGAAGCAGAGUCAUCUGCUACAAACCUGAAACAUAACAAGGACUUUAGGCUUCAGGAGGUUAAAAAACAUGUUGAUGCAUCUUCAAGUGUCAGUUUUUUGGACAAGUUCUGUUUUAGUUAUCCAACGCUAUAGAAACUGUAUUUGACAACGGCGACCACCGGUUGCCAUGCCAACAGCUCUGAAAAGUUUGGCCAGUGCAAGAAAGUGGGGACACGUUGUCCAUAUUUAUAUACAGUCUAUGGUUUGAAUGGUAAAUGAGUAACUACCUGUACCAGUGAUGGCAGUGUUCUGCUUUACGUAUUGUUUGACUUCAGAUACUGACCCAACAAAUUCACCUCCUCAUGUUGGAGACGUGGAUCUUUUCCGUCCCCAGGCAGAGUCAGGCUCACAAUACGGCCUUAAAAUACCUCAGCUCCCGUUUCCUGGACCACACCACAACAAUUAAAGAAACUGUAAAGUUUGAAAUUUUAUUGCACAAAGAUUACAGUUCUUUAAGUUUCCUUACAAACAGGUUAAAGCUUUGUAAACAGUGAAGCAGCAUCUCCCCAGUGUGUUCAGUAUCUCCUGCUAACACCGCUUUGAGUCCCUAUCGUCACAUUUCCUCAGUAAAGUCUCAGCAUUUACGUGUGUGUGCGCAAGAGCCAACCAGUGAUUGACUAUACGAAGCAGAAAGCAGGAAGAGUUAAUAAGGAUGACGGCACACUGUGGGUCAAACCUGCUCAGCAUCAAGGGAUCUGACGCCUACGAGACGAGGGGGACGUUGGUGACUCUUUGUGACUACCUGAAAAAGUUUCUCUUUAGCUGACAAACAUUUUUAGUUUGGCUUUGGCUGCAAAUGACAAAAAAAAAAAAAGGUAAAGUGAGGAAAA